GGCUCGUUUGGCUUUGUCUGCUCAGUUUCUGGAGCGGAGUGGGCGAGGAAGGGGAGAGGGAGUGAGACCGAGACACAAGCGGGCAAGCCACCAGCCUAGAAAGCUGCAAAUCAACAUAAACCUAGCUCAGAACUCGCAAGAAAUGUCGACUUUGACAUAGCGAUAUGCUCGGAGUCGCCGAACAACGCACCGCCCCGUGAGUUUAGGCGACAAGGAGCGGGUCGUUUGUGGACAACUCGCGACGACCGAACUCUGGACGCAAGAACGUAACAACAGUGACAAAAAAAAAGAGGCGAGCAUUACACACGCAGCAGUGGCAAUAAAACAACACCACCAUAGUGCCGAAGGUGAGGUCCGAAGCACACUUGAUAUUCUUGCUUGGAGAAUUCAACAUGUGCGUUUCUGGUGUGAACUUUAAUCCCAGGAAACAAUGAGGAUUUAGCGAAGGAAGAAGUCAUCAAGUGCUUCGGACCCGCUCCCGUUAGCUUGGCUAUUCCUGCCCGAGAGCGAAUGCGAGGUAAAGCUAACGCGUGCUAGUGUAGCCCCUCAGCAAAGUUAGCUUGUCGGCUAACGCUAGCUGACGGGCUAAAAGGGGUUUUUGCUCAACUUUUGCUGUUGCUUCCCUGGAGCCCAAACACUGAAGGAGUUUUCUGAUAAAAGAGGGGAAGGGCGGGCUCCCUUCUGGACUUGUUCCCCUCUACAUAUUUCCCCGGAAUGAUGGCAGCGGAGGUCAGUAGCGAGGAGACGGGCUCGGUCACGACGGGGACAGGCGGAGGAGGCCCGGAGACGGCCCCUUUCCCUUGCUAUCCCACGUCAACCAGAAUGACAGGAGCGGAUUUGGGACCUGCACCGGCCCUCCGUCAACAUUCAAGUACAUCCCCGGACUCGCUCCCGGAGUUAAGUGUGAUCUAUCCCUUGUCAAGUGGCGAUUUUAGCGGAGCAUCCCUGUCCACAACAGGGAGUGGCGGAGGUGGACAUUCAGUUUUCCAAGGAUCGAGCUCAGGGAACGUGGGCGGCAUGUGCGGCUCUCCCACUUCAGAGGCACCGGCCUCUCGGAUUUCACCAACAUCUUCAGGCACGGACGGCUUGACCGACUUCCCCCCACUACCGCCUCCUCCCCCUCCCCCUCCGGGUUGUGGCGGAUUCGGUGGAACGGUGGAUGAAAGUGACCUGCAAGAUGGCCCGGAAUACGAGGAGGAAGAGGUGAUGUUCCCCCUGUCUGCACCGCCCACAAACCAGUGGUACCAUGGCAAGCUAGACCGAACCAUUGCUGAGGAGCGGUUACGGCAGGCCCGGACGCAUGGCAGCUACCUCAUUAGGGAGAGUGACCGCCGUCCCGGUUCUUUUGUCCUGUCUUUCCUCAGCAUGACGAAUGUGGUCAACCACUUCAGGAUAAUUGCCAUGUGUGGGGACUAUUACAUAGGCGGGAGGCGGUUUUCUUCCCUAUCAGACCUAAUUGGUUACUACAGUUAUGUGUCUUGCCUGCUCAAAGGAGAAAAGCUGCAGUGGCCCGUCGCCCCUCCAGAGCCUGUAGAAGACAGGAGGAGAGUACGGGCCAUCCUUCCAUACACCAAAGUGCCAGAUACUGAUGAGAUCAGCUUCCUUAAAGGAGACAUGUUCAUCGUUCACAACGAACUGGACGAUGGUUGGAUGUGGGUGACUAACGUUCGUACCGAGGAGCAGGGUCUCAUCGUGGAGGAUCUGGUGGAGGAGGUGAACCGGGAAGAGGAUCCACAUGAGGGGAAAAUCUGGUAUCAUGGAAAGAUCACAAAACAAGAGGCGUACAACCUGCUAAUGACAGUUGGUCAGGUGUGCAGUUUCCUUGUGCGGCCAUCAGACAACACACCUGGCGACUACUCUUUAUUUUUUCGCACUAAUGAAAACAUCCAAAGGUUUAAGAUCUCUCCCACUCCCAACAACCAAUACAUGAUGGGAGGGAGGUACUACAACAGUGUUGACGACAUCAUCGACCAUUACAAGAAAGAACAGAUUGUCGAGGGCUACAAUUUGAAAGAUCCCGUUUCCGUACAGCACCAAGAGCAAGUUAUCACUGACACAGUGGAUGGGCGAGAAAUUUAUAACACAAUCAGACGAAAACCAAAAGAUGCGUUCUAUAAAAACAUUGUCAAGAAAGGCUACCUCCUCUUCAACAAAGGCAAAGGCAAACGAUGGAAGAACCUCUAUUUUAUCCUGGAGGGUAAUGAUGCCCAGCUAAUCUACUUCGAGAGUGAGAAAAGAGCCACCAAACCCAAGGGCCUGAUCGACCUAAGUGUGUGCUCCGUGUAUGGUGUGCACGACAGUCUCUUUGGCAGGCCGAACUGUUUCCAGAUUGUUGUCCAGCACUUUAGCGAGGAACAAUACAUUUUCUACUUUGCUGGGGAGGCUCCAGAGCAGGCACAGGAUUGGAUGAAAUGCCUUCAAACAUUCUGCAGUAACUUACGGAAAACAACCCAGCCCACCUCCAACAAAAGGCUGAGACAGGUGAGCAGCCUGGUGCUCUAUGUCGAGGAGGCCCAUAAGCUGCCAGUGAAGUAUUUCACCAACCCUUACUGUAACAUCUACCUGAACAAUGUCCAGGUGGCCAAAACGCACCCAAGGGAGGGCCCGAACCCUGUCUUCACUGAGGAAUUUAUUUUUGAUGACCUCUCAAGUGAAAUCAACAGAUUUGAGAUCAGCCUGAGCAAUAAAACAAAAAAGAGCAAAGAAAGUGACAUCUUGUUCAUGCGUUGCCAGCUGAGCCGUCUGCAGAAGGGCCAGAUGAUUGACGAGUGGUUCCCUCUCAGCUCGCACGUCCCUCUGAAGGGCAUUGAGCCAGGUUCCCUACGCGUACGUGCACGCUACUCCAUGGAGAAAAUCAUGCCUGAAGAGGAGUACAGCGAGUUCAAAGAGAUGAUACUGCAGAAAGAGUUCCAUGUCAUCUACGCUCUGGCCCACGUGUGUGGUCAGGACCGCACCUUACUUGCAAGUCUCCUCCUGAGGAUCUUCAGACACGAAAAGGCUGAAGCUCCUCUUCUCAGGACUCUCAAUGACAGAGAGAUUAAUAUGGAGGAUGAAGCCACGACGUUAUUCCGGGCAACUACGCUGGCCAGCACACUGAUGGAGCAGUACAUGAAGGCCACGGCUACGCCCUUCGUUCAUCACGCCCUGAAGGACACUAUUCUUAAGAUCAUGGAGAGCAAACAGUCCUGUGAGUUAAACCCUUCCAAACUGGAAAAGAAUGAGGAUGUCAACCUGAACCUGGCUCACCUUCUAAAUAUCCUGUCAGAACUGGUAGAAAAGAUCUUCAUGGCUGCCGAGAUCUUACCACCGACGCUACGAUUCAUUUAUGGCUGUUUGCAAAAAUCCGUGCAGCAGAAAUGGCCAACUAAUACCACCAUGAGGACCAGAGUUGUUAGUGGUUUCGUCUUUCUCAGACUCAUCGGUCCUGCAAUCCUUAAUCCGAGAAUGUUCAACAUCAUAGCAGACCCUCCUUCUUCAACAGCUGGCAGGACCCUCACACUGGUGGCAAAGUCUGUUCAGAACCUGGCCAACCUGGUCGAAUUCGGUGCUAAGGAGCCUUACAUGGAGGGUGUCAACCCUUUCAUCAAAAACAAUAAGCAUAGGAUGAUCAUGUUUCUGGAUGAGUUGGGGAAUGUUCGCGAUCUCCCUGAAACCACAGAGCACUUUAGGACGGAUCUGUCCCGAGACCUGGCCGCAUUGCACGAGCUCUGCGCCGCGCACUCAGACGAGCUUCGGACGCUCAGUAAUGAGAGGGGGGCACAGCAGCAUGUGUUAAAAAAGCUGCUCGCCAUCACAGAGCUCCUCCAGCAGAAGCAGGCUCAGUAUGCCAUGUCCAACAGCAACAGUAGUCCCGCCCAUACCCAUCCAUGUUGUCCCAUUCAUCACGAGAGCUAUGCAACAACGGCCGAGUACAGCCAAUGCAGCACUAAACUGACGCCAGUGACUGACAGCUGCCUGCACAGGAUUUUUUUUUUCCCCCCUGGCUUUUGAACUGUGUGAAUGAUUCCAACUUUGGGUAAAUUCGUUUCCCUUGCUAAGGGACGACGUUUAGAUUUUGAAAGAUUUCUCAGUACCCGCCAUGCUUCUCAAGCAUAUAUUGCCAAAGUGUACCCCUUCGACCUUCAUAUGAGGAAACUGACAUGAAGAAGCUCGUUGUCUCUUUUGUUGAAACUGGAUUGCAAAUGAGGAUGCUUUUAUACUGUAAGUAGUGACUUCAGGUUUGUGACAAUACCCGCAAAGUGCUGAAACUUAGCAUGGUUCUUGUUUUUGUUCUGUUCAAUUUUCAAAAUUGAAAAAGUCUGGUUAUUUUAUAUAAGAAUAAAUUCUCUUGCUGGAAUCAUGAGUAUAUAUGAGAGGGGCUGAAUUUUCUCCCUCAGAUUGUAUCAGCUGUUUUGAUUGUUGUGUCAGGUUCCCCCCCCCCCCCCAAAACUUUGCAAUCCUGGCAAGAU